AUGGGCGAGACGGUCGAGCGCGUCGAUCGCGCGCGCGCGCACGUCGUUCGCGUCGACGUCGAUCGAGAACGGAAGAGAGCGAUCGUGGAGAUCACUUCGUUCGAGGCCUGGCGCGCGUUUCGACGCGCGUGCGGCGUGGCGUUCGUCGGGAGCGCGAUGAUUACGCGCGGAAGCGGACUCGGGACGAAAACGUUUUGGUCGUGGGUCGUUCUGUGCGCGCUGUGGGUUCGGAUGACGCUUCGAGGAGCGAUGAAGGCGGUCGCGACGUUCGAGCGCGCGAUCGGGGCGCAGAGCGAGACGCGGGACGUCUUGGGACGGGUGUUGGGGUCGCGGAAGUUUGCGCCGGCGGAGCGCGCGGAGGCGUUCGCCGUGAUCGAACGCGUGAGCACGACGGACGUGUGGUAUCAGAUGACGUGCGCGGGGAGAGACGGGGUGGGUGGGAUGUCCUUUUUCGAUGGGUUUCGGUGCUCCGGGGAGACGAUCGCGAUCGCUCUGGAGGCAGCGCGAAGAGUCAUGGAGGACAGGUAG